AUGGCUGGGUUAUUGCAAGAAGGUGUAGAAUUUGAAUCUUUUGAUGCUUUUCAAGCGGCAAUGGAACAAUAUGAAGACGCAAAUUUUGUCCAGUUUAGCAGAAUAGAUUCGCGCUCGGUUGAAAAAGCGCAGGAAACUUCAUUGAGCAAAACAUACAAUCCACAAAUAAAAUUUUCGCAGUUGACAUAUGCCUGUACUUUUGGACCAAGGAAGGGUCCUUCAAAAUCAACAGGGAUUCGCAAUUCUAAUUCUAGAAAAAUUGAUUGUCCUGUGCGCAUACGUAUUUCGGCAACUCCAGAUGGCCAGAGACUGGUAAUUAAGGAGAGCAAGCUCGAUUGCCACAAUCAUGAAAUAAGUGAAGAGCAGUACAGAUCUCUGUCUCGACAAAAGCAGUUAGAUGAAGAAACUGAGAUGGAGAUAUAUAAUCUUAUUAGCACACAUGAGGACAAACGGCUGGCCAGAAUGCUCAUUCGUGACAAGCUCACAAAGGAGACGGGUAGAGCCAUGUCCAUCAAAGAUAUUUUAAACAUUGAGAAGAAAAUCAACAGGAAACUAGAGUACGAGAAAAGAGUAAAAUAUCAUGAUUUGAUAAGUCAGAAAAGAAAUAAUGCAUUAAAUAAAAAUUUGAUCAGCUCAGAAGCAGGUGGUGGUAGUAACGAUGACAGUGAUGCAUCUGAAAGUGAAGAAGUAAAAGACAGUUCUCUCGCCGAGGAUGAACGCACGAAACAAGAUGAGCAUGAGGAAAAAACUCCACCAGCGGAAAAAGCAGCAAGAGACACACAGACAUCAACAGCCAGUCGCCCUCAGAGAACUAGACGAGAACCACGACGUUUUCGUGACACCAUUGAAAAUGGCAUUUCAGUUCCACACACUUCAAAGGACAGCGUGAUCUCUUCUGUUUCCGCUGAUGAAGCAGAUGAACCCAGUUUGACAACUCCCAGCCCUAAGAAAGUGCCACCAACAAAAGUUAAAGAAGAACCGGUUUCUAAAGCAAAGAAAAGAAAGGGUCCAAGCAAUGCAGAGCAUUCAGAUGCAGAAAGUUUACAAGAAAGAAAGUUAGCUAUUAAAGAGGAGUUGCUGGAAAUGGAGAAAAAGAAAAUGACAUUAUUGGAAGACAUUGUGAAAAAAUUAGAUAAAAUAAUUGAAAAUCAGGAGCAUCGGUAA